AUGAAAAAAAGAAAUGCGCUGCAUAAACUUGCCCGCCAAACCCUGCAGGCCUUGGACUGGGACAGAUAUCGUUCAUGUAGAAAUCAAAUUAAAAGAAAAUUGAGAGAAUCCGAGAGAAAAUUUGUGUAUAAAAGAAUUAAUGACAAAAAUAGCAACAUCAACUCCCUUUGGAAAACUGUAAGAGAAUGUAUUCCUAGAAAUGAAAAAACACGUUUAACUUAUUCUGGGAAUGUCGUUGAAGUAGCGAACAAAUUUAAUGAAUACUUUUCUUCAGUCGGAGCAAAAGCGGCAGAAGAAUCCAAAGCGUUGAUUACUUCAUAUGGUCUUACAUCGACUCAUCCAGAGAUACCACAUAAAUGUAGUGCAGAAAUUGACAAGUUUCAUUUUCACCGCCUGUGUCCUGUGACGUGAUUCGUAAAAUUGUGUGUUCUUUUCCAUCCAAUAAGUCCCCUGGACCAGAUAAAGUUUCUGUGAAAGUGAUCAAAGAUGUCUUACCAUACAUUCUUCAACCUCUUACGGAUAUUGUUAACUGCUCUUUAAGAGAAUCUUUGUUUCCCAGCGCCUGGAAGUUGUCAGAAGUUAUUCCCCUAUUAAAAGAAGGGGAUCACGAGAUUGCUAAAAAUAAUCGACCAAUUUCCUUGCUACUUGCUGCAUCAAAGAUCUGCGAGCGUGUAGUUUUGGAACAAUUUACCGCAUAUGUGGAACAGAAGAAAUGCUUAAGCGUACACCAAAGUGGAAACAGGAAGCUGCACUCCACUGAAACAUUGAAUUUAUUUAUAUCGGAUAAGAUCUUAAAGUCUAUGGACGACAAGGAGGUCGUAGCUGUAAUUCUACUAGACCUUUCUAAAGCAUUUGACAGUAUCGAUCAUGUAUUGCUUCUAAAAAAGCUCCAAGUAUUGGGAGUGUCCGAUGACGCUUUAUGUUGGUUUAAAAGUUACUUGACAGGACGACAGCAGGUUGUGCGCAUUGGAUCGACUGUCUCUGAAACACGCACACUCAAUCAUGGCGUUCCGCAGGGCUCAAUUCUCGGUCCCAUGUUAUUCAACAUAUAUAUUAAUGAUUUACCUAUGGUACCAAAGAAUGGUAAUUUGAAGUCUUACGUCGACGACUCGAAGCUACUUUUGUCAUUUUCCGUCAAUGAAGUGAACUCAGCGGCUGCUAAGCUUAACGAAGAUCUACGGAGAGUCGUUUCUUGGUGUUGUCUAAAUAGUCUGCUUAUUAAUCCCAAUAAGACGAAAUUACUUGUGUUCGCAACUCGUUAUAUGUUGAAACAGAUACCGGCAGAUUUCCAUAUUUUACUAUUGGGGAAAAAACUGUUUCCUGUGACCUCAGCCACUGAUCUAGGCGUGACACUGGAUAGUGGUUUGACGUACGAUGAACACGUCACAAAACUGGUUUCCUCUUGUGUCGGUAGCCUGUGUCAAAUUAAUAGAGCAAGGCACCUUUUUGAUAUGAAGACGUUAAUUCUUUUAAUAAACGCGUUGGUUUUUAGUAAACUCUAUUACUGUUCAACCAUAUGGUCUAAUUCAUCGAAGAAAAACAUUGCAAAAUUGCAAAAAGUUCAGAAUUUCGCAGCACGUAUUGUCACGGGCACAAAAAAAUUCGACCAUAUCACUCCAUCUUUAAAACAGCUUAACUGGUUACCAGUCAAUUAUAUGUUGCGAUUCCGAGAUACAGUAAUGGCUUAUAAAUGUGUUAAUGGUAUGGUCCCAUCAUAUUUAUGUCGUAUGUUCCAAACAAGAUCACAAUUACAUAAUUUGAACACAAGAUCUAGCGAAUUAUUGGAAAUACCUUUAUAUAGAACAGCGACCGGGCAACGUACUUUUCGCUACCGAGCUUCUUGUUUAUGGAACAGUUUGCCAGAAUGGCUAAAAGACCAUAAUCUUAAUUUGGAACGUUUUAAAAGCGGGCUACGAAGUUAUUUGGUUCAACAAUUUCUCGAUGAACAGAACUGA